AUGCAAAGCUGUGGAACCUGGCGCCUAAACUCUACCCUAAACCCUCACAACUGGAACCUCAACGAGCAGGCAAACUGGGGACUUCUUGGCUCAAAUGGAAAGAGACUUACCGGGACAAGCAACCGUGAACGAUGGAUCAAGGUGUACCACGGCGCCGGCAUAGGGACAAUCGACACGAGUCGUUAUCUAUUCCCCAUCAAGGCCAGCGGAAUCCCACCAGGAGAGGUCCGACUAUCAACAUCUAAUUGGUACUUAGGUCAAGGUAUGCAACGGCAUAGGGACAAUCGAUACGAGUCGGCUAAGACAAAAUUCAUUCAGUCAUCUCCUCUCCAUCGAGGCCAGCGGAAUCCUAGGAGAGAUCAUAUGGUUUCUCGAGAUAUCUGA